AUAAACAAACAAGUGGAAGAUUUGGCAACAUUUCCAACCUCACAUUCAUAGUUGGCAACACUGCGCGGAUCUUUCUCCCUUCUCCAUGUGUUGAUCGUACUCGUUGAACGCUGACGAUCGAGGACGUCCCAAUAGUUCAGCAUGUCUGAUGUGGAAGGAGACGUUAGCGUUCCGGUGGCCGGGGGCCCCAUGGACCUGAACACCGCAGUCCAGGAGGUGCUCAAGCAGGCCCUCAUGGCAGGAGGCUUGGCUCGUGGACUCCAUGAAGCUGUGAAGGCUCUGGACAAGCGUCAAGCAUAUUUGUGCAUCUUGGCCAACAACUGUGAUGAGCCUGGGUACUCCAAGCUGGUGGAGGCUCUCUGCCAGGAGCACCAGAUCAAGCUUCUCAAGGUUGACUCCAACAAGAAGCUUGGUGAAUGGGCUGGCCUCUGCAAGAUUGACCGUGAGGGAAAGGCUCGCAAGGUUGUGGGCUGCUCCUGCGUGGUUGUCACUGAUUAUGGCAAGGAGACCCAGGCACAUGAUGUUGUGAAUGACUACUUCAAGAGCAAAGGGCAAUAAAGAAACAGUUCAGUUGUUUCAGGUGCACAUCCUAUCACCAUCUACCAAGACCUGCUGUGAGGAUCUGCUGUGCCUGAGGGCCCAAUGCCUCAUUAUAAGAAAAAAAAAUAAAAAAAAAAAGUGAAAA